UCAAACUCCGACUCGGCAUGACUGCGCUCUCUUUAGUCUCUUUCCUGAUUUGAUAUCAACACUCCUUUCAUUCUUCUUGUAUUUACAUUUAUCUUUCUUCCUUCUCUUCAGCAUGCGGUCUGAUUUUCUCUUCUCGUUAGCGCUUGCCGCUCUUUAUACCUCAGCAGCAGUUGUUGCUGGCCCAAUAGACUCUGUAGAAGACACAGUGAAAAACGAUGUCAAACAAGCCUCAAAAGGCAUCGAUUCCAACACUUCACCUCUCAAAGCAGCACCACCUGCACUUGCUGCAGGUUAUGGAAAGCCAGCCCGACCUUCUGGAGCUCCUCUAGCGCCCUCAGCUGGCAUGCCUCCCCCAAAGACAGGCAUGAACAUGACGGGUCCUCCACCACCACCCAAAGCUACCGGCAUGCCUCCAGGACCAAUGAACAUGACAAACGGGCGGCCAGCACCACCUCCUCCCAAAGGCACCGCCAAAGCAGCACCACCACCCAAAGAUACCAACAAGCCCGCCUCCCCCCCGAAAAUGGGCAUGCCACCAGCUGGCCCCUCAGCAGCCGCUCAAGGAGCAGCACAAACAGUCACAGUCACGGAGAUUGUAAGCAUGCCCGCAGCCGGAGCCCAAGGAGCAGCCCAAACCGUCACAGUUACGGAAAUAGUAAGCAUGUGCACCGCAACCAUCACAGCUGGAGCCCCCAACGCCGCUGGGCUUGGGCCAGCACCUCCUAUGAGCGCUAUGUCGAUGCCUGCUCCUCCUCCCCCGGGCUCAGCGGCUCCCAAGCCGAACAUGCCCGCUCCCCCAGCCCCUCCAGCGCUACAGUCCGACACCUCGCCCGCUGCAACUCAACCUUCAGCACCCGGCGCUACUAUCGUUUCAUCGGGAGCGGACUCAGGAUCAGUCUCGUCGUCUUCGUCUUCGAGCGGCUCUUCAUCUUCAUCGUCCAGCGGCAACACGGGCUCAUCAUCCUCUGCAGGCUCCUCAGGGGAAGGCAAUUCAAACUCCAAUACCAAUGGCCAAGCUGGAGCUGGCUCAUCGUCCUCAUCCAGUUCCUCUAGUUCAUCAUCCAGCUCUUCGUCCUCGAGUUCAGUGCAAGUGAUCGUCAUAAUCCUCACACAGCCGGGCACGACGAGCACAGUUACCCAACUCGUAGCCGGACAAAACGUAACCUCUACGGUAACGCAGCCACCGCAGACCAUUCUCAGCACAGUGACCCUUUCGAACGGAGCAGGGCCCACCGCGAUUCCGAGCGUGGCGAACGGGACGGCUACGAUUGUCUCAAACACGACCAUUGCUUCAAACUCGAGCUCGAGUGCCAACGCUCCCCCAGCUGCAUCGAAUCUGAACAGCACCGCUCUUCCUCCCCCUCCAACCCCGCCUGCGGCAGCAGCACUCAACGGCACAGCUCUGAACGCAGGAAAAGCACCUCCUCCUCCUCCUCCUCCCCCUGCGGCGUUGAACGGUACAGCAGUACCAGCAGCAGACCCAAAGGCGGCCCCUCCACCUCCACCAACGGCCGUAAACGGGACGGCACCAGAUCCCAAAGCAGGCCCCCCGCCUGCAAAGGCAUCCGAAGCUCCCGCGAAAGCUGUUCCGCCACCUCCUCCAGCGGCGUUGAACGGCACAGCCCCGGCAGCAGAUCCGAAGACCGCCCCUCCUCCCCCUCCUCCCCCUGCGGCUGCGGGAGCGAAGAGCAACAGCACUGCUUCAUCAAGUUCGAGUUCGAGCUCGAGCUCCAGGGGUGAGGACACUGUUAUUGUCGUCAAGCGAUCUCGAUUCUGGAGAUAGGUCAGGAACGAGAUGGGUUAUGUUUAUACGAUCGGGCUAGAAUUUGAAUUGAACCGAGAGUUUUCUUAUACCUUUUGCUCCCUUUUCUCCAUCCAUUUUUUCCGUUUUCCCCCGUUUUCCCCCGGGGGGGGGGUUUUUUUUGGUCAUGUUUGGAGUUUUCUGGGUUUGGGGUGAGUGGAAAAGAAAGGACAUCAGAGCAGGGCUCUAAACACGCUCGUUUUUGUCGUGGUAGAAACUUAUAAGGCAUAGCUGCAUACGAACGAAACAUUUUAGAUUAUGAUUAUGAUUCUUCAUGUACUGUAACAUUUUAUCAAAAAACGC